CCGCUGUCUUUUUGCCUUGCUGUACUCCGUACGAUAGAGUAUUUAUCUUUUUCAUUUCCCUUCCAGCGGACCCUCCCUAGAGAUCUCACUUGAUCUGUUUCCCGAUCCGACUUUCCACUCGCCGCCCCGUGUCUGUUAGUGCUCAAUUGGAUUCAAGCCGACCAACACUCACUCAAAGCCUCACCUCACCCUCUGCUUCACACCCGAACGAAGACGACAACAGACCGACGAGAUGGGUUCCGACGACGAGAAGCCUCCUUCCACCUACCGGUACGACGAGAAGCCGACUUACACCACCUCCAAUGGCGCCCCCGUCGAGAACGCCCAGGCGUGGCAGCGCAUCGGGCCUCAGGGCCCUCUGCUGCUCCAGGACUUCCACCUGAUCGACCUGCUGGCUCACUUUGACCGCGAGCGCAUCCCCGAGCGCGUCGUCCACGCCAAGGGCGCUGGCGCCUACGGCGAGUUCGAGGUCACCCACGACAUCAGCGACAUAUCCUCCAUCAACAUGCUCAACCAGGUCGGCAAGAAGACCAAGGCCCUCGUCCGGUUCUCGACCGUCGGCGGCGAGAAGGGCUCCGCCGACUCCGCGCGCGACCCCAGAGGCUUCUCCGUCAAGUUCUACACUGAAGAGGGUAACUGGGACUGGGUCUACAACAACACGCCCAUCUUCUUCCUCCGCGACCCGGUCAAGUUCCCGGUCUUCAUCCACACUCAGAAGCGCCACCCUCAGACCAACCUGAAGGAUGCCACGAUGAUGUGGGAUUAUUGGUCCACAAAUCAGGAGUGCAUCCACCAGCUGAUGCACCUGUUCUCCGACCGCGGAACGCCCUACUCAUACCGACACAUGAACGGCUACUCGGGCCACACGCACAAGUGGACCAAGCCCGACGGCUCCUUCGUCUACGUCCAGAUCCACCUGAAGACGGACCAGGGCAACAAGACCUUCACCGACGCCGAGGCCGCCAAGAUGGCGUCCGAGAACCCCGACUGGCACACCCAGGACCUCUUCGAGGCCAUCGAGCGGGGCGAGUACCCCAGCUGGACCGUCUACGUCCAGACCUUGACCCCCGAGCAGGCCGAGAAGCUCAAGUGGAACAUCUUCGACCUGACCAAGGUCUGGCCGCAGAGCGAGGUGCCCCUCCGGCCCUUUGGCAAGCUCACUCUCAACAAGAACCCCGAGAACUACUUUGCCGAGAUCGAGCAGGCCGCCUUCGCCCCCUCCCACCUGGUCCCCGGCGUCGAGCCCUCCGCCGACCCCGUCCUGCAGUCCCGCCUCUUCUCCUACCCGGACACCCACCGCCACCGCCUCGGCGUCAACUACCAGCAGAUCCCCGUCAACAAGCCCCUGAACGCCUUCAACCCCUUCCAGCGCGACGGCGCCAUGGCCGUCAACGGCAACUACGGCGCGAACCCCAACUACCCCUCAAGCUUCCGCCCCCUGAACUACAAGCCCGUCAAGGCCGUCAACACCCCGCACGAGAAGUGGGCCGGCGAGGUCGUCACCGACCUCUUCGGGCCCGUCAAGCCCGAGGACUACGAGCAGGCGCUCGGCCUCUGGCGGGUCCUCGGCCGCCAGCCGGGCCAGCAGGAGAACUUCGUCUCCAACGUGUCGGGCGCCCUGGCCGGCGCGCGCCCCGACGUCCGCGCGCGCACCUACGAGAUGUUCUCCCGGGUCACGCCUGAGCUGGGCGCCGCCAUCAAGAAGGAGACGGAGAAGAUUGCCGCGCCCGCCAAGGACGUCCGCUCCAAGCUGUAAGCGAGGAAAGAUACGGUUUUUGGAUAGGACGAGUGACGGGGGACAGAGCUAUGCUGUGGUUGACGUAAGUCUGUGUAAGUCUGGGCAACAGCAACGAUACAACCGUUGUGCGAUACGGUUGGGCACGUUGAGGGAGAAAGGGUAGCUGAGAGAUAGUGUCCGCCGAGCACUGGCGUGAGAGCGAUGUACGACGAGCUCAGAAUACCCUACAAGACAAAAACAAAGAAGCACGAUUGUUCAAAAGAA